UUGAAAAUGGCGGCACGCACAAAACUUCCGGAUACAGAUGAAUGAGAGGACUCGUUGUACUGAUUGCAAUUCUUGUUGUUAAACAAUUUUAAAUAAACUAAGACAAUUCUUUAAAUUACAAAAGAAUGGACAACACAAGGAAUGAGCAACACCAUUUGAAGGAAAACAUCCCCCAAGAUGGAUGGAGUUCCAGAGCAGGUGUUGUCUUGGGUUAUAACCCAAACUCCAGCUUUAUGUCACUUCAACAACGCAUGGCACAGACAGCCCCACUCUCUGAGCAAAACCAUAAUGGAAAAAACUUUGAUCCACUCCAGGUACAGCAGUUUAAUGGAAGGGCACUCCUUCAGUCUGUAGAUGGUUCAGGCAAAGACAGAUUGGUAUCAAGUGAUCCCAUGGGUCAGGGUGACUUCAGAAAUGUUUCUUCCUUUAAUCCACUUUUGCAUACCAAGUCUGCUGAACUUAAAGGGUCUGGGUCUGGUGCAAUGCACAUACAGGAUCCAAUGAUGCAAACUCAAAUGAUAAACGGCCAGAGUUUAAGGCAAGGAUCAGGGCAUGGAUUUGGAUCUGGAUAUUUACAUCCUGGGUUUGGAACUGGGUCUGGUCAAAGCUUUGGCAGUGGAUCUGGUAGUGGACCAGGGUACAUGGACCCCUUGCUGCAAACUCAGCUCAUGCAUUCCCAGUUAAUGAAUGCUGGUUACCUACAGUCUGGGUCUGGUUUGUUGUCAAGAUCUUUUAUUGGCUCUGGUUCUGGAGUUGGAACAGGGUCCCCUUCCCACAACCUGACAGGUUCUGGAGAUAUGUUAAGUCCAGGAGUGACAUUGAAUCCCAUGCUGAAUUUGGACCUUCCAGUUAAUAAUUUCAUGAAGGCUGUGAACUUUGAUGCUAUGAUUCAAGGAACUGAUAUGAUGGAAGAGGGAAAGGAGAACCUUAAUGAUAGUCAAGUGUCAGACCUGUAUGAGCAGCAACAGGCAGUGGAGCAAGCCCAGCUACUUCAGCGUUUUAAGCAACUCAGACAGAUGCAACUACAACAGCAAGAUAUUCUUAUGCAGCAGCAGCAACAGCAACUUCAGAGCCUGAAAGAGGAGCAGGGUAGGAUCCAAAAUAUGAUAGCUAGGCAGAGAGAACAACAGUGGGGAGGUGGUAGCCCUAAGAAAUUUAGGCCAGCUAGCUCUACCCCAUUUUCCACCCCACCAAGGAGUGAUAAGCGUCCCCAGGGUAGAACAGUGCCUCAAGCCCUGGCCAGUGGCUUCAUGGCUGUGUCCAGAUCUCCACAAUAUCAGGAUGAUCCUGAAAUGAAAGCAUUGCCAGAACCAGAAUUCCAUAGUGAUACAGAGUCCAAUGCUGACACUUUUGGUACAGAGGGAGUGUACCCACUUCCUGACACAGCCUCUGAAAUGAGUGAGGCACCUCAAGAGUUGUCACCACCAUCACAAGCAUUACCAGCAGUGGAAGAACAACCUUCAGUAGAGGAUAUGGAUGUAAGAUUGGAUGAAAGAUCUUCAGAAAUGAUGCAACAACCUCAUGUGCAGCAGUCAGUGAAUAAGCACACAAACAAGCUAGAAUCUGAGAAAAAGAGGCCUGAGAAAGCAGAUGAAAAUUCACAGCCUCCAGAUGAUGAUGAUAGACCAAUAAAACCAGGAUUAUCUAAUAGAACAAGAACUUUUGAAGAACUUUUGGAGCAACAGCUGCAGCAAGAAAAACAGAAAGAAGACGUCCAGAAGCAGGCAAAUAAGACAACCAAAAAUGUGGUGAAAUCUUUUCUGAAGAGAGGACAGGGUUUGACAAGAUUUGGUCUGAGUUCAGAAAAUAGGCAGAAGAUGACUCAAAAAAGUUCCUCAAAGAAUGAAUCUCACAGCCCUAAAGCAACCCAACAUAUUGAAGAGAACAGGGUUACUCCACCCAGAAAAAUUGCCUCAAAAACACCAUCAUCACCUCAUCAUCCUAUACCAAGUCUGCAGCUGAAGCCAUCUCCUAAAAUGUAUAAUCCUUCUCCUGUGUCCAAGAGUAUGCCAGUAGGAAAGCCAUUUAGUUUGGAGAAGAUGGGUGAUAAUGCUGGAAUGACUUCAUCUAUUGAUGCGUCUUUUCUGUCUGCUGUUAAAAAAAGGGCUGAAAGUGAAAAGAUAGAGACAGAAGAACUCGAGGAGUUUGAACUUCUAGAACAGUAUGCUGAUGAUAAUAUCUCUUUCUCCAGUAAUUCUUCCUUAGUGGUAAAAUUGAUAGACAGGGACAAGGCCAAGAAAGGACAAGUUAACCACCAGAUGUCUCCAUUAUCCAAACACAUCAAGGCAGCCAAGAUGAAACACCAUCUGCAUCAAAGCCCACAGGAUACCAGGCUAGAGAAAACAGUGGAGGAAAGUGAGAAUGAAGAGUCUUCUGAUAGCAGUGAUAGUAGCAGCAGUAUAUCAGAGGAGGACACUGACUUGGAGAAUGAAUUGGAAAAUAACAAAACAUUGGUAGACCAGGAGGAACACAACCUGGAUGAGGAAUUUGACACUAAUGUUGUUAAAGUAGUUCACAGAAAGAUAGCUACAAGGCAUUCAAAUGAUGAAUUCCAAGAGAAGAAUCAAGGACAGUUAAAUGGCCUUGGAGCUGAGGAGAAUAUAGAAGAAGAGGAGAAGUUGGAAAAUAAGGUUGAAGUACCUCAUUAUGGAGCAGAAGUGAGCUCUGAAUCUGAAAUAUAUGAGAAGAAUGUGAUUAGUUCAACAGAGGGUGUAUUUGGGAAGGUGAAAGGCAGUGCACAGGAAGAAAACAUAGAAGAAGAACAUGCUGUAUCCAAAACUAACCAGCAAGAGGAAUCUGAGGCAGAAAGCUCUGAUGAGGAAGACGAGGAAGAGGAUGAAGACAGUGACAACCUAGGGAAAAUUGAAGAACAAAAUAAUGCUGUCAGCAAAGGCUAUUAUCAUCUUCCACAUGAAGAGAAAAUGGCAUCCCCCAGGCCGCUAACACAGCAAGUGGUACCACCCCUGUCUCGGUCCAUUGAAUUUGAUGACACAGAAAGUUGGGGUGUUACAAACCAAGAUGAGGCGGGGAAUGCACAUGGCAGUAGUAGUGCAGGACAAGUGAAUGGUGCUGAGACUCCCCCAACAUCCAAGCUUGUCACUAAGCUCUUCCCACAGUUGAAGCCACAAAAGAAAGCUGUUAGCCCACAGAUACAGCCAAACCAGCAGCAGAUGGUCCAGAUCCGUCAGGCAGAGGUGGGCAGUGGGGUACAGUCCAAGGUCCUCAGAGACAAACUGAUGGAACUGGAGACAGAAAUUGAGAGAUUCAGGCAAGAGAAUGCUGCCCUAGCAAAACUGAGAAAAGAGAGGGAGGAGGGACUGGAAAAACUGAAGAAAGAGAUGGCUGAAUUUGAAAAGCAAAAGGCUGAAGAGCUUGAAAGGCUGCAGGAAUUUAAAAAGCAAGAAAUGAAAAAGUUGAAGCAUGAGAAAAAGGUAUUUGAGCAGUACCAGAAAACUGCCAGGGCACUUCCAGACAAGAAAGAGAGAGAAGAAAUAGAGAUGUUGAAGAAUCAGCUAUCAGAAUUACAAGAAGAACUGAAAAGAAAAGAGUCGCGUUGGACAGCCAGCACCACUAGACUGCGUGACAGGAUACAAGCUGUGGAAGUGGAGAAUUUUGAACUGAAGGAAGAGGUGAAGAUUUUAGAAAGAAGAAGACUGGACAACUGGCAGAAAGAUCAAGUAAAUAAGAAGGAAUCGAGUUUUUCUCAGCCAUUUAAGAAGCCUGCAAUUGUGCAACAGAAAUUGGAGGAUCAAGUGAAACCUGACUUGAAAGAGGAGACCACAGUAGAGAAGAGCAUGCCCCCUCCUGUCAAAGUUCCCCAGAAGAAAAUGGCUACUAGCCAAGUUGGUCAGGUAUUGAUAGCUGAGGACACCCCACGUAGACAACCCACAGCUGUACAGCAAAGUGAUGACCUGCACUCGGAUACAAGCUCAGAGGUGGAUGCCCAGGAGGACAAGAAGUCAGUCCCCAGGAAAAGAGUCCUGCUGAACACUAAACAUAUAGACAAGGGGAGUGAGGACUAUGAAGAGAUUCAGCAUCCUGAUGGAAAGCUUGAGAGAAUCUACAGCAAUGGUGCCAGAGAAAUCCUGUUUGCCAAUGGAACAAGGAAAGAGAUCUCAGCAGAGGGACAGUAUAUCAUUGUGUCAUUUUUCAAUGGAGAUGUCAAACAAAUAUUGCCAGAUCAGAGAGUGGUUUACUAUUAUGCAGAUGCCCAGACCACCCACACUACAUACCCAGAUGGCUUGGAGAUUUUACAGUUUCCUAAUAACCAAAUGGAAAAACACUACCCUGAUGGCACCAGGGAGAUAACAUUUCCAGACCAGACCAUCAAGUACCUGUUUCUCAAUGGGACAGAGGAAAGCAUCUUCCCUGAUGGUACGGUAAUCAGGGUAGACAAGAAUGGGGAUAAAACUAUGGAGUUUCCCAAUGGACAGAGAGAGAUACACACACAGCAAUACAAGAAAAGAGAAUACCCAGAUGGAACAGCUAAGAUAGUUUACCCUGAUGGGAGACAGGAGACAAGAUAUGCCAAUGGCAGGGUGCGCAUCAAGGACAAAGAUGGGAACAUUGUCAUGGACAGGAGGUGACACACAGCUAUAGGAAUGCAAUCUUUUUUUCAUUUUCCGUCCAUGAUAUUUUUAUAUAAAAUCAUGUUGGAAUUACCUUUUUUUGACUGAAGGAUUUACUCAACAUACACUGGAAAGGAGUUUUCAACUUGAAUUCCACAUUUCUGUUAAUUGGCAUAACUUCAGUAGGACAACACAAUACUUCAAUUCAUGUCAGCCAUUAAAAAUUUAGUAUUAGUCACCUGCACCUAUUUAUAUAUAUUAAGAAGUUUAAUUUACGUUGGCAGCUUUUAUCACAAAAGUGAUGUGCUUCCACAACAAAGUGUUGGACAAAUUCAUGCUGUGAUAACAUUUGUGGGUUUAAUAGGUAAAACUUAGUAUACAGACUUCAACUGCUUAUUUUUUAUGCAUGUAGAUUUAUUUAUAAGUUCCAAGUUUAUGCAUUGCCCACUUUUGAUUUGUGAUGUAUACUGGCAUACGUGUAUGUUAUGGACUUAUGAAAUAGAUGUAUGCGUAUAAAUGUGAGGUUUGUAAUAAGGCUGUCAAAGUCAAGAUAAGGGUUGCAAUGUUUAUGAACCAAAGUAUUGUAUAUUAUGUAAUAAUGUUUAAUAAUAAAACAUGCAUUACC